AUGUCCUACUCCGGUGGGCAGCUGCUGCCUCCAGCUGGCCGCAGUGCCCCAGCCUGCUCGUUGUCGAGGGCGGGCCCCUGCGUCAACCCCCUGCUCUUUGGGGGAUGGAUUGACCAGGUAUCAACCCUGUACCAGAACAUCAGUUUGACGGAGCCCAGAAUCGUCCCUCAGUAUGAAAGAGUUCUUCUCAGUUUCAUCAAAGAGAUCCGAAUACUGAACACAGAAAUGGAACAUCUGGCACUUGCUGUAAAGAGAGCUCAGGAUCAGACGGCUAUACAGCUGAGUGAGAUGGAGGAAGAGAUGGAUCACCGCAUCCACACCGCAGAGAGAAACACACGUCUACAGGAGUCUAAAAAAGCUGAGGCGACUCUGAGCAGCAUGAAACACCAGUAUGAGUCUCAGAUAUGCGAACUUCAGCAGAAGAUACAGACUCUGCAGAUGAUCGAAAACCAAAACAGGAGUAUCAGCCUCAAAGAGGAAACCUCAGCACUGAAACGACAGAGCAAUGAGCUAUUGCUGCAAAACCAGAAGUUGAAACAGGAGCUUUUGGAGUCCCACACUAAUAUUGCGUUCUUGCAGAGUGAGCUGGACUCCCUUAAGAGUGAUCUCACAGACCAAAGCAUCAACUUUGAACGGGCAGCGAACAGAAAGCUCCAUGACAGUAAUGACAGUCUGCGUGUGGCGCUGGAGAACAGUCAGAGCAAGAGUAAGAUGCAGCGUGUUAGUGGGAUCUCACCUGGAGUUUACGUGAGCACCAGAAAGACUCUUAUUCUUGAUCGGUGCUGUAACACGUGCGUGGACGAGGACUUUGAUCAGUUUGGGCUGAUGGAGGGUCUGUGCAGACCGAGCUGUGAUUCUCUGGCUCUGGCCCUGUGCGACCCCAUGCGCAGACGCAGCUGCGAGGAAGACAGUCUUCCCGACAGCUGCGUGGACAGCGGCAUGUCUACCCUGCGCUCAAAUAACGGCUAUGAUUAUGAGCUUGAGAGAACUUCCUGUCCGAGUCCUGAGCAAGCAGCGGACAGCAACACCACUGUGUCUGGAGACACAUCAGAUACAGAGGUUCUAGAAGAACGAGAAGAGGCUGCUAUCGGGUCGGACAGCGAAUCCGUUCUGAGCUGGACUCUUUCACAGCCUGCUCAGAAAAGCGAUGUUACUGCUUCAGGGAAGAAAUGCCUCUCUGCCAUCUUCACCGAGAGAGAGCAGGAUGUGUUGGCAGUGACUCAGCCUCCAUCGGAGAAUGCUUACAGGAUUGUGCUGGCGGGAGACGCUGCAGUGGGAAAGUCUAGUUUCCUCAUUCGCCUCUGUAAGAACGAGUUCAAAGGCAACACUAGUGCCACACUGGGGGUUGAUUUUCAGAUGAAAACCUUGGUGGUGGAUGGUGUUCCAACAGUGCUGCAGUUAUGGGACACAGCUGGACAAGAGAGGUUUCGGAGCAUUGCAAAGUCUUACUUCAGGAGGGCCAAUGGAGUUCUCCUACUGUAUGACGUUACGUGUGAGAAGAGCUUUCUGAAUGUGCGUGAAUGGGUCGACAUCAUUGAGGAUGUGUCUCAGGAUGACAUUCCCAUCAUGCUCGUGGGGAAUAAGACCGACCUGAGGAAGGAAGCACUUCUGGAUGGAGUCACCUGUAUUCCAACCAGCUACGGAGAGAAACUGGCCAUGACAUACAGUGCCUUAUUCUGUGAGACGAGUGCAAAGGAUGGAUCCAACAUCAUUGAGGCUGUUCUUCAUUUAGCCCGAGAGGUGAUGAAGCAUGCUGAUGAGUACAAGGAGCCUGUAUCAGUGGCCAAACUGUCUGGAAAUCAUAAGAAGAUGUCCAACCCAAAUUGCUGCAUGGGCUGAUGUGUGUUGACGUCACAGCCAAUCAAAUAUUUAACCAUUCAACUAUUUAUGCAAGACAUAUUAGAUGAGAUAUACCAAUUAGUGAAAGUCUGAGUUGUUUAAGAAAUUCAACUGUGCUAAGUUUUGUCCUCAAGACUGUCUCAGAUUUUUUUGAAAUGACAAGUCACUUGUUGAAGCACAUCACUGUGUGUCAUGCGUUGCCUUUAACAGCCCUGAAUUUCACAGCUUCUAUAUAUUAUAUAUUACAGAUGAUUAUUAGUAGCUUAUGGAGUGAACAGACACUCAGUAUUCUGUACCUUGCCUUUAUUUAUUACAUGAACACUUCCUUCAGCUUAGUGAAAAGGAAUAAUAGUUCUGUAAUAUGUUGCAGGGUCAUUGAAAAGUGUGUGUGUGUGAGAGAGUUGAUUGCAAUAAUGCAUCUUUGGAAGAAUCAAAUGACAGAAUUUGUUGAAUGAAAAUUGGAAGUUGCUGCUUGAUCCAAAUAAUUUAUUUUUGGCUUGUAGCUGUAAAUGAUAAA